UCCUCGUCUUCUCUGCCUGCAUGUGCCACCAUGUGCUGCCUCCAGCCAUGUCAAGCCCUGACUGACUGAGGGUUUUGGCUGCCAAAACCCCUUGAGCACUUGGUCCUGCUGCAUGCCCUGACCCCUUGGGCCCUUCUUUUACUUAAUUGUGUCUUCUGUUGUUGAUCAAUGCAUUUGCAUGGGUGCCUCCAAACCUUUCCCUCUCCACCAUUCAAUUAUUUUGCUUCUGUGCUGGCCUCCAGUUCAAGGACUGCUGCAUUCAAAUGAGCACUGUGAGCUGCCCUUCUCUUGCCCUAUUUAGUAGUGCCAUUUUCACUCUUCUCUUCCGAGCAAUUGAAUUAAGCUUCCCAAGCAGCAACAAGUUUUUAUGACUUGCAUUAUCAGGGAGUGACACCUUUCUUAUGGAAGAGAAGCAGAGAAGCAAGAGGAAGAGGGUCUGUUCAUCAGAACCAAAUGCUGUAGUCCAUGCAAGUUUUCUGUAUAGAUACAUUGGCUAUCUCCUCCCUGCUUUGGCCAAAGCCACUGGCAAUGCUAGUUCUCGCCGCCAAAUCGAAGACCAAAAGCUCAAAAGCACAGUGAGGUUUGAAGUCGACAUGGCACUGGCUCUCUCUGCCAAUGGCUUUAAGUGGAGCCGUGCCCUGAGGCACAAGCUUGAGUGUCGCAAAGUUGAGAUCCCCUUGAUCACUUCAGAGAGCCAGCAGCUUCCUAUGUUUCCAGCCACCACAACGAUUCCCAGGUCACUGGCAUUUGUGAAUCCAACUAGGCCAAAAAGUUUGAGCAGAAGAAGCUACAUGAGCCUGAUCAGAGUUGAGGAUGAGUACAGCCAGCGUGUGAGAGCUCUGAGGCAGAUUUUGCCAGGUGGGAGUGAGAUGUGCCUCAGUGAGUUGCUAUAUGAAGUGAAGAGCUACAUGGUUUACCUGCAACUGCAAGUUAACAUUCUCAAAUCUCUCGUAGAAGCCCACUGAUGAGGAUGGGAAUUUGAUUUCUGUAAGAAAUAAAUCAUGUCAAUAACCUCAAACAUGCUUUGAACUAGCUUUGCAAUCAUAAGUUGGGGUUGGUGUAACAAGCCUCGCCUUUUAUUCGUGUCAUAAGGUUGAUGCUUCAAAAGACUCCAUGUGUUUGUUCUGAUAAAGCUUGAUCUGGAUAUAGAACUCGACAAUUUGGGAAAAACAAAAA